AUGAAACCAAAGUUGAUAUCUUUCAUCACCUUGUCUCUGGCAGGCCUCCUGACCCCGCCAUGCGUCGCAACAGUGGCCGACAUACCAGGAGCAUUCGGGCCAGUCUACCCGCUCACUCCGUCACCCGCAGGUGACAUCUCCAAGUUUCUCAAGAGCCGCCCCAGCGACUUUGUGCACCCCGGAAUCUGGCAUACCCAUGAAGACCUCGAACGUAUCCGGAAUGGUGUACUUGAGGGCAAAGACCCAUGGAAGUCCACCUUCGAUGUAUUCAGCAACGACAGCUACAGCCAGGCCUCCUACCAGAUGAAAGGACCCAAGGCGGUGCUCUCACGUGGAAGCAUAAGCAAUCACACCAGCUUCACUUCUGACUCUCGUGCGGCAUGGCAGAAUGCGCUGAUGUGGUACAUCACCCGCGACGAGGCGCACUGGAACCGGAGCACCACGAUCCUAGACAGCUGGGGCUCUACGCUUGUCGAUAUUAUUGGUACGGAUCGAUCUCUGCUCAUCGGUUUAGAGGGCGACCUGUUCGUGAAUGCGGCGGAGAUUAUGCGUUGGGAAGGCAACUGGACUGAGGCCGGGGCUAAGUGGCAAGGCGGCUCGGGGUUCAGCAUCCAGUUGUACUGGCUCUUCUCGCGGCAAUCUGUCGCUAUUGGGCAGGCUAACUAUGGGAUGGCGAGUAUCAAGGCUCUGCUGAGCUUCGCAGUGUACCUGGACGACGUGACGCUCUACAACUAUGCCAUCAAUGAGUACCUGAACAACCCUUGCGCGGGCUUGUACUCCAUGUUCGACCAGAAGACCGGACAAUCAUCCGAGUCCGGUCGCCACACCAUGACAGGCAUUGGUUGGGCUGCCACAGCUGCCCGAGUUGCGCAAAGUCAGGGGUCGGACUUGUACAGUCAAGGUGACAACCUGAUCCUCAAAGGAGCCGAGUACACGGCAAAGUUCAACUUAAAUGAAACGGUGGAGUACGACCCAAAGUGGUUCCGCUGCGAGGCGGUCCUCGUCGGCGGGCCUUGGGCUGCCAUCUCGCAGGAGAAGCGGGGUGUCACUGCGGACAACCCAAUGUGGGACAUUGUCUAUUACCAGUACGUGGUGAAGAGAGGACUGAAGGCCCCGUGGACGACGAAGGCGAAACAGACUGCAGGACAUGAGGGGCCUUUGAGCAGAGUUGACCAUCCGAGCUGGGGCGGCCUCAUCUGGGCUUACUGA